UCUACUUUAUCAGUCUUGGCCGGUUUACACGAUACACAAUAAAAUUCCUCUCCUUCUCUUCUUCCAAUCAGUGUACUCUUUCAGAAAUUUAAAAGCUUCUCCUGUUUCUUUUACUUCAUAUUAAAGGUUACUUUCUGUGGAUUAUUUUGAGUAUCGGGAAACUACACGGUUCAUGAGCUUGAUUCUCUGCACAUAUAAAAAUCUAUAUUGUUCUAGAUUCAACUCAUUUAGGCAUUUGAAUGUGGUACCGAAGGAGGAGACUCAGUACUUCCUGAGCUAUGUUGUUCCUCGCAAGAUGGAGAGCUCAUUGAAGAAUUUGUUUGCCAAGCUCCAAGUUAAGCAAAAAGAGUUUUGUAUAGAUGACAUACAACUUGGUCUCACUACUCUUGAAGAAGUCUUCCUGAAUGUUGCGGAAAAAAGCAGCACUAGAGAACCCUCUAAUUGAUGACGGCACGAUGAUUUUGACAUUGGAAUCAGGACUUGCAUUGCUGAUAGAAGAUGAUAUUAGGCUAUCAGCACUGGUGGUUAAUGUCUUGGCAAAGCUCUGCCGUAUCAUUUCUACAUGGGAAAUCAUCCCUAGUCAUGAUAGUAUUGAUGCUGCUUACAAAGAUCUUGAAGUUAAACAAGAGGCCUACGAAAUUGAAGGAGUCAGAUAUAAAAAGGGUCGUAAUGAAUUCGAGAGGAAUGAAGCUUUUCACGUGUAGAUGGCUGCCUGCGAAUGGUGAACCGAAAGCUUUGGUCUUUCUCUGCCAUGGUUACGGCAUGGAGUCCAGCAUCUCAAUGAAAGGACGAAAAGGGACCGGAGCAAGGCUAGCGAAGGCAGGAUAUGGAGUUUAUGGAAUGGAUUAUGAAGGGCAUGGGAGAUCAUCUGGUCUUCCGGGAUAUAUACCUAGCUUUGAAGAUGUUGUUACAGACUGCUCCGACCACUACACGAGAAUCUCCGAGAGGAAGAAAAACCUGAAAAAAUCGAGAUUCUUGAUGGGAGAAUCAAUGGGAGGAACAGUGGCGAUUCUAUUGCAUUUGAAGAAGCCCAACUUUUGGGAUGGUGCCGUAUUGAUUGCACCCAUGCGUAAGGUGUCCUGCUUGCCUGGUUAGCAUCACACAAAAAUAGAGAGAUCCCAAAUAUUACCUUUUCAUGGGUUGUUAGUUUUUUUUUUUUUUUUUUUUAAAGAAUCACUGUGCUGAUUGAUUUUUAGUUUAGUCGUGCAUAGAUGAAUAGGAAAAGCAAAAUUGAGAAUGAUGAGUGAUUAAGUAGUUUCGAUUGCUUAAACUUGAAGAAAGUAUAGACAAUGUUGUUGUAUCAGUAAAUACUCUUUCCAUGUUCUAAAUCAACUGGAAUAUAGAUGGCAUUUCAA